GAAGUUGUUGGCGCGGCAUUAUCUAAUCACAGAGGCAUAGGUCCCCCACACACUGCAGUUACUUCUUCAUUUCUUCUCUUUCUUUUCCUUUACUCACGCAGUUUUUUCCUUCAAAAUGGCCAACUGAUUCUUCAAUCGACGCCAUUGAUAAAGAGCUUGAAUUUCGCUAUGAAUUUUAAGUUUACGGUUACUCUGUUUGUUGCGGUUACUCUUCUGUUUGCUUGUUGUGAAGCUCUUAAGGAAGGACAAAGUUGUGUAGCCAAUGGAAGUUGUGAUUCAGGGUUACAUUGUGAGACUUGCCUCGCAAAUGGCAAUGUCCGUCCGCGUUGUACUCGACUUCAACCGGUCAAUCCUCUUUCGAAGGUGAAAGGAUUGCCGUUUAAUCGGUACUCCUGGCUGACGACUCACAAUUCUUUUGCCAAAUUGAAAGCGAAGUCCGGGACAGGAGGUGUAAUAUUAGCUCCAAUGAAUCAGCAGGACACCAUCACUGAACAGCUAAAUAAUGGUGUAAGAGGUUUAAUGCUUGAUAUGUAUGACUUCGACAAUGACAUCUGGCUAUGUCACUCAUUUGGAGCAAAAUGUUACAAUUAUACAGCUUUUCAAACUGCAGUCAAUGUCUUGAGGGAGAUAGGAGUGUUUCUUGAAGCAAACCCAUCAGAAAUUGUUACAAUUAUAAUUGAGGAUUAUGUUACAUCGCCGAAUGGCCUAAACAAGGUGUUUGAUGCGGCUGGGGUUAGAAAAUUCUGGUUUCCAGUUUCUCGGAUGCCUAAAACUGGUGGAGAAUGGCCAACUGUAGAUGAUAUGGUUCAGCACAAUCAGCGAUUGGUUGUCUUCACAUCUAAGUCUGCCAAAGAAUCUUCAGAAGGCAUUGCCUAUGAGUGGAGAUACUUGGUAGAAAACCAAUAUGGAAAUGGUGGCAUGAAACCUGGUUCUUGUCCAAAUCGUGCAGAAUCAUCUUCUAUGAACACUAAGUCAAAGUCGUUAGUCCUUAUGAACUACUUUACUGAUGCCCCAGAUUUUGCUCAAGCUUGCAAGCAUAAUUCAGCCCCACUCAUUGACAUGAUGAACACAUGCCAUGAAGCUGCUGGUAAAAGGUGGCCUAACUUCAUUGCUGUUGAUUUUUACAGGAGAAGUGAUGGAGGUGGAGCCCCUGAGGCUGUAGACUUGGCAAAUGGACAUCUAGUAUGCGGGUGUGCAAACAUUGCUUCCUGCAAGGAGAAUAUGACUUUUGGAGCAUGUGAUCUGCCUGAACCAAGCAUUUCUCCAAAAACACCAGCUGCUGCAGCUAAAAAUGAAACAAGCUUUUCAAAUUUGAAUUUCCAACCAAAGCUGCAAUGGUUGUUGGGAACAACAUUAGUAUCUUUUUUCUUAUUGUAAUUGAGGACAACAGCCUACACAAGUUCAUAUUUGCUUCACAAGGAUUAAGGAUUAGAUUUUACUGAAAGCAUAGUAGGUGAUUAUGACUACAACCAGACAAGCUAAUUAGCAAUAGUUAAUCUUCUGACGUACUUAUGGAUUUUAGAAACUUGGAGCUAAGGAGUCUGAAUGGUGUGUGGAUCAAUUGUAAAGCUGAUGUGAAGUUAGUUUAGCUUAUAUUGCCACAGGUACUUGUAUAUGGAAAGAACUUGGUGAAAUGUAACUG